GGCUGCGCGUCUCCAAUGUGCAUUAUCUCUUAUUCGGUGACCGCGCGACACGGCCACCGAAGCUAAUGGAAUCCUUACGCUACGGAAUUCGUUACGUGGUAUUGUCGCGCCGCGCGUCCGUCCAGCGUUAUCGCGGGGAGGCGACACUGACAUCGCUGACAAGUCGCGAUCGCGCGUGGCCCGUGUCUGUGAUUUCACGAAGACGCUCUCACCGAAAAUGACGUCCCGUCACGAAAAGGAGCGUGCCAAGCAGAUCCAGGAGAAAUGUCAAAACCUGCUGACGCAAAUGCUCCGCGAUGAAGAUAACAAGUAUUGCGUUGACUGUGACGCGAAAGGACCAAGAUGGGCUAGCUGGAACUUGGGAAUUUUCUUGUGUAUUCGAUGCGCUGGUAUACACAGAAAUCUUGGUGUGCAUAUAAGCAAAGUCAAGUCUGUUAAUUUAGACACAUGGACACCAGAACAAGUAGUUAGCUUACAGCAAAUGGGCAAUUCUCGAGCCAGAGCAGUCUAUGAGGCAAAUCUUCCAGAUAGUUUUCGAAGACCUCAAACAGAUUGUAGUCUUGAGAGUUUUAUUAGGGCAAAAUAUGAACACAAAAAGUAUAUAGCCAGAGAAUGGGUGCCACCUCCUUUACCAAAAGUAAAUUGGGACAAAGAACUCGAUGAAGAAGCUGAGAGACAACGCAGACGAAAAAAGGAGAGCUCUGAAGCUGCAAGCAAUGUGCUCCCACUUGUAAAAAAACCAGAAGUAGUGCCUCAAUUGCCAAAACCUCGCAGUUCUGUCAGUCCUAAACUCGGUAGAACAAAAGAAAGCUCUGCAAUUUUGGACCUCUUAGGUCUUGAUGCACCAGCAACUAAUCAAAUAAAUGCAAAUGGUUCUGGAGAUGACGUAUUUUCUUCCUUUUUAUCUGCACCACCUGCUUCAACUACCACAAGUGGAAAUGAUGUUUCUAAUGGAAGUAAAACAGCUACUACUAUAAAAAGUGAAGAAGAAAGUUUCUUUGAACAAUCAGCACCACUAUCUCAAGAAAAAAGCAAAAUGACAAAGGAUAGUAUUUUAGCAUUAUACGGUACACCAAGUCAUCAAUCAGCAAUUUAUGGUGCUCCAGGGGGAAUGUAUUCUCAACAUUCUAUACCAUAUAAACAGCAAAUGUCAAAUGUGGGUACAUUUGGACAACAAAGCUCUUUGGGUCAAAUCAGCCAACUUCCUACGCAAAUACCAGUUACAAAUCAGAUACUUGUCAAUCAAAAUCAAAUUAUAACAAAUCCUAGUUCGAUAGGUGCUGUAGCAGCCAAUCCUUUAGGCUUACAUGUAGGACAAAUAAAUCAACUAAAUGGUGUACCAAAUGCUGCUAUCACGAUGCCACCUCAAAUGAUGAUGCAAUUAGGACAAACUAAUAUUACUAGUAAUAAUGGAUGGAGUGGUAUGUUGACGCAGAAUCUUCAGCCAGCUCCUGGCAGCAAUCCUUUCUUCAAUUUAACAGCACAGCAACAACAAACUACUGCAUUCGCUGCUCAAUUGCCACAACAAAUGUCACAAGUGUCUCUGGGUGAUAUGAACUUUUCUUCUACGACGGGCAAACCUGCCAAUGCUGCCGCGUUACCCGGGCAGACUCUUUCUACCAACUUGUGGCAGUAAAAGAUAUUGCAAAUAUUGUGAACCUUUGUUAUCUCAUUCAGUGUUGUAUACUAAUGUCGACAGUCUAUUAUUCAUCGUAAUAAUAUUUCUAUGUCUUUCCGUCGGAUGUUGCUUCAGAUAGUAAUAGAACCGAUGGAAACACAGAAAUGGGAACACAAAACAGAAAAUUACUUGAAUACUGUUUCAUAAUUUGUGAAUGUGUAUAGUGCUUUGAGUUGAUAAAUAUUUUUCUUCGGAAGCCUGUGCUAGCUUUUAAUGUUAUUGUUGGUGAAAAAAGAUUGGAAUAAAACAAAUCUUGACUGAU